GGAGGACUCCUGAUUGCUGCUAAAGAGCAGUGAGUGGCUGCAGGUGCGACCUGCUGAUUGGCUGACGGGAUCACGGGGACGCUGAUUUCAUUCACUGGAAGAAAGAGACUUCAGGUCAUCAAUAGUAUAAAUGUGGGACAGAGUCACUGCUGAGACAGAACGAUACACAGAAGAGAAAAGACCAUUCAGCCAACAUUCAUCUGACAACACAAAGACUCCAGACUUGAGACUCUGAAGAUGCUGUGCUCUCGGGGACAUCACUCUGAUCUCAGUCCAUCCAUGCUCUUCUUUUCACCUGUACGCAGUCUGUGGCCAGAGGUCAGACCUCUGUUCUCCCAGCAGGAUCUGCUGCAGAGGAACCUGCAGGAGCUGCGCCGCAGUCUGGAGCUGAUGGACACAUUUCAGCACAACAUCCUGGAGGAGACGGAGCCUUUCCAGAGCAGUGUGGCCCUGCAACCAGUGAGCUUCCAGCUGGACAAAGACGGAAAGCACUUUGGCCUGACCCUGGACACUCAAGGCUUUUCUCCAGAGGAGCUGUCUGUCAGGCAGGUGGGCAAGAAGCUGAGAGUCAGCGGGAAGACAGAGAAGAAACAGGAGGACGGGAAAGGCUCCUACUCUUACAGACUCCAGGAGUUCAGACAGGAUUUGGAUCUGCCUGAAGGCCUGAACCCUGAAGCCGUCACCUGCUGCCUGUCUCCAGACGGAAAGCUCCACAUCCAGGCCCCCAAAGAGGAGGCUGACAGAGAGCUGACCAUCAAGAGGAGCUGGGAGGAGGAACCACAGCAGAGAGAGGGUUCACAGACACAAGACAGCACAGCAAAGACUCACAACACACCAUAGAACCAACAGGAACACAUGGACUCACACACACAUUCAUGGGAAUAUACCAUCAGUUUUAGAUGAACACAAUUUUAACUACAUUAGUCUUUGUUGAUCAUUGAAAUGUCUGUAUUUUUUUAAUGUAUUAGCUAGUUUGGAUUGUUUGCUACAAAUAUGUUCACUGAAAUGUCAGGGACAAAUGUGAAUGAACGUUCAAAUACAAUAAGACAUCAUCAUGUAAGAA